GACUUUACUAGACUCAACUCAGAAAAAUCUGUACAGAGAUGUGAUGCUGGAGAACUACAAGAACCUGAACACAGUAGAGUACCAGCUGUUCAAACCCAGUCUCAUCUCCUGGUUGGAAGAAGAAAAGUUGAGGACAGUGGAGGGAGGAGUCUUCCAAGAAUGGGAAAUGCAACUUAAAAGCAAAGACUCAGCAAUUCAGCAGGAUAUUUUGGGGGAAAAAACACCCAAUAGGAUACAAAUGGAAAGAAUCCACAGUCGGUGGGAACUCUUUGAUUGUGAGCAAUGUGGGAAAGUCUUCAGUGAACAUUCAUGCCUUAAGACACACAGGAGAACUCAGAAUGGAGCGAAAACUCAUGAUGAUAAUCAGCAUGAAAAAUGCUUCCUUGCUCUGCACAAGAAAACGUCUACUGGAGAGAAACUUUCCAAGUUUAAUCAGUGGGGAAAAGCCAUCAGCCCAACUCCAGAUUUAGUGUACUGGAAAACUAGCAUACAAGGAAAAGCCUUCAAAUGCAGUGACAGUGAGAAGGCCUUUGUUAAUCAGUCUUACCUUCAGGCCCAAAUGAGAACUCAAAAUGAAGAAAAACUCUAUGAAUGGAAGGAAUGUGGGAGAUCUUUUAUUCACUCCAGAGAUGUUGAUGUGCAUGUACAAACUCACACUGGUAACAGUCAUUACGAAUGUAAAGAAUGCGGAAAAUCCUUUAAACAAUCUGCAUGCCUUAAUGAUCAUGUUAAAUUUCACAGUGAAAGAAAACCCUUUAAAUGUAAGGAAUGUGGGAAAGACUUUAUUAAGUCUUUGGAACUUACUGAACAUAUAAAGACACACAUUGGAAAGAAGGCUGUUCUAUGUGAGGUAUGUGGAAAAUCGUUUAAAAGUUCCUCAUACCUUCAUGUUCACAAUCGGACUUAUGCUGGAAUACAACCCUACAAAUGUAAGAAAUCUGAGAAAGGCUUUAAACGUUCUGUUCAUCUUAACGUUCACAUGCAGAAUCAAACUGGACAAAAACCUUGUGACUGUAAGGAAUGUGGGAAAUCCUUCACUCAAUUCUUACGCCUUACUGAACAUAUAAAAACUCACACUGGAGAGAAGCCUUUUCAAUGUGACAAAUGUGGGAACGUCUUUGCCACUUCCUCACAUCUUACUAAACAUUUAAAAUUUCAUACUGGAGAGAAGCGUUUUGAGUGUAAUAUAUGUGGGAAAAGAUUUACCACUUCCUCGUACUUAACCAUUCACAAGCGUACUCACACUGGAGAGAAACCCUAUAAAUGUAAGGAAUGUGGAAAAGGUUUUAAAUGUUCUUUGCACCUUAAAGUUCACCUGCGAACCCACACUGGAGAGAAACCCUAUGGAUGUAAGGAAUGUGGAAAAGCCUUCGCUCAAUCCUCAGGCCUUAUUCACCAUAUAAAAACUCAUACUGGAGAGAAGCCUUUUAAAUGUGACACUUGUGGGAAAGCCUUUGCUCUUGCCUCACAUCGAAACAGACAUUUUAGAACUCAUACUAGACAGGCGUCUUUUGAGUGUAAUAUAUGUGGGAAAAUAUUUAGCAGUUUUUUAUACUUUAUCAUUCACAAGCGUACUCAUACUGGAGAGAAACCGUACAAAUGUAAAGAAUGUGGAAUAGGCUUUAAAUGUUCUGUGCAUCUUAACAUUCACAUGCGAACCCACACUAGAAAGAAACUCUAUGAAUGUAAGGAAUGUGGGAAAGCCUUUAUUCAAUCCUCAGGCCUUACUGCCCAUCUAAAAACUCACACUGGAGAGAAGCUUUUUAAAUGUGACACAUGUGGGAAAGCCUUUGCUAGUUCCUCAAAACGCACUAACCAUUUUAGAACUCACACUGGAGAGAAGCCUUUUGUGUGUAAUGUAUGUCGGAAAACAUUUAGCAGUUCUUCAUCCUUAAUCAUUCACAGUCGUACUCAUACUGGGGAGAAACCCUAUGAAUGUAUGAAGUGUGGAAAAGGCUUUAAACGAUCUGUUCACCUUAACAUUCAUAUGCGAACCCACACUGGAGAGAAACCCUAUGAAUGUAAGGAAUGUGGGAAAGCCUUCACUCAGUCCUCGGGCCUUACUGAACAUAUAAAAACUCAUACUGGAGAGAAGCCUUUUAAAUGUGACACAUGUGGGAAAGCCUUUGCUCUUUCCUCAUAUCGUAACAGACAUUUUAGAACUCAUACUGGACAGAAGUCUUUUGAGUGUAACGUAUGUGGGAAAGCAUUUAGCAGUUCUUCAUAUAUUACUAUUCACAAGCGCACUCACACUGGAGAGAAACCUUAUAAAUGUAAGGAUUGUGAGAAGGCCUUCACUCACUCCGCUGGCCUUAUUUACCAUAUUAAAAUUCACACCAGAGAGAAGCAUUUUAAAUGUGACUCAUGUGGGAAAGCCUUUGCUACUUCCUCACAUCUUACUACCCAUUUUAGAACUCACACUGGAGAGAAGCCUUUUGAGUGUAAUAUAUGUGGGAAAACAUAUGCGACUUCUUCAAACUUCAUCAUUCACAAGCGUAUUCAUACUGGAGAGAAACCUUAUAAAUGUAAGGAAUGUGGAAGAGCCUUCACUCAAUCCUCAGGCCUCAUUGACCACAAUAAAAUUCACACUGGAGAGAAGCCUUUUAAAUGUGACACAUGUGGCAAAGCAUUUACUACUUCCUCACAUCUUAGUAAACAUUUUAGAACGCACACUGGAGAGAAGCGUUUUGAAUGUAAUAUUUGUGGGAAAAGAUUCACCAGUUCUUCAUACUUUGUUAUUCACAAGCGUACUCACACUGGAGUGAAACCUUAGAAAUGUGAAGAAUGUGGGAAAGCCAUCAAUUUCCCCACUUUUGGCAUC